CGCCAACCCACACCACCUUCCUCUCUCUCGCCGCCGCCCUCAGAUCAGAUCAAAGCGGAACACCAACUCCUCCUCUUCCUCCUCCUCGUAGGGUUUGGUGUGUUCACCUCACCUCUCGCGGCGACAGCGAAGCCUUCUCUUCUCUUCCCCUCCGCUCCGCUCCGCUCCGCUCCGCUCGGUGUUUCAGCCAUGAUGUCGCGGUCGUACACCAACCUGCUCGACCUCGCGGAGGGCAACUUCGCGGCGCUGGGCCCGGCCGCCGGCGCCGGCGGCGGCGGGCGGCAGAGGCAGGGGUCGUUCGGGCUGAGGCGGAUGUCGCGGGUGAUGACGGUGCCGGGGACGCUCUCGGAGCUCGACGGCGAGGACGAGUCGGAGCCGGCGGCCACCAGCAGCGUCGCCUCCGACGCGCCCUCGUCCGUGGCGGCGGACCGCCUCAUAGUGGUCUCCAACCAGCUGCCCAUCGUCGCGCGCCGGAGGCCCGACGGCCGAGGAUGGUCCUUCGUGUGGGACGACGACUCGCUUCUGCUCCAGCUCCGCGACGGCAUUCCCGAGGAUAUGGAGGUGCUCUUCGUCGGCUCCCUCCGCGCCGACGUCCCCGUAGCCGAGCAGGACGAGGUGUCGCAGGCGUUGCUCGACCGGUUCCGCUGCGCGCCGGUCUUCCUCCCUGACCGCCUCAACGACCGCUUCUACCACGGCUUCUGCAAGCGCCAACUCUGGCCUCUGUUCCACUACAUGCUCCCCUUCUCCUCAUCCGCGUCCGCCGCCGGCACCACCUCUUCCUCCUCCGCCGCCACUUGCAACGGUCGCUUCGACCGCAGCGCUUGGGAGGCGUACGUGCUCGCCAACAAGUUCUUCUUCGAGAAGGUCGUCGAGGUAAUCAACCCGGAGGAUGACUACGUUUGGGUUCACGACUACCAUCUCAUGGCGCUGCCUACCUUCCUCCGCCGCUGCUUCAACCGCCUCCGCAUCGGAUUCUUCCUCCACAGCCCCUUCCCCUCGUCCGAGAUCUACCGCACCCUCCCUGUUCGGGAGGAGAUACUCAAGGCGCUGCUCAACUGUGACCUAAUUGGCUUCCACACUUUUGAUUACGCCAGGCACUUCCUCUCGUGCUGCAGUAGGAUGCUGGGAAUUGAAUACCAGUCAAAGCGUGGGUACAUUGAAUUGGAUUACUUUGGCCGCACUGUCGGGAUCAAAAUCAUGCCAGUGGGAGUUCAUAUGGGUCAAUUGGAGUUGGGUCUGCGCUUGCCUGAUAGGGAAUGGAGGCUUUCUGAGCUUCAACGGCAGUUUCAGGGGAAAACUGUCUUGCUUGGUGUGGAUGAUAUGGAUAUCUUUAAGGGGAUCAAUUUGAAGCUUCUCGCCUUUGAGAACAUGUUGAGGACACAUCCCAAGUGGCAGGGGAGAGCAGUGUUAGUGCAGAUUGCUAACCCAGCCCGUGGAAGGGGUAAAGAUCUGGAAGCCAUCCAGGCUGAGAUUGAGGAGAGCUGCCAGCGGAUCAAUGGAGACUUUGGCCAGUCAGGGUAUAGCCCUGUUGUUUUCAUCGGCCGUGAUGUGUCAAGUGUUGAGAAGAUCGCCUAUUAUACGAUAGCGGAAUGUGUGGUGGUCACUGCUGUGAGGGAUGGGAUGAACUUGACACCGUAUGAAUACGUUGUCUGUAGGCAGGGUGCACCAGGAUCUCAGUCGGUAUCAGAGGUGAGUGGGCCAAAGAAGAGCAUGCUGGUUGUGUCAGAGUUUAUUGGCUGCUCACCGUCACUGAGCGGUGCUAUUAGGGUUAACCCAUGGAAUAUAGAGGCAACCGCAGAGGCGAUGAAUGAGGCCAUUUCAAUGCCAGAACAGGAAAAACAGUUGAGGCAUGAGAAACAUUACCGUUAUGUCAGGAGCCAUGACGUCGCUUAUUGGUCAAAGAGCUUCAUCAUAGACUUGGAAAGGGUUUGUAAGGAUCACUUCAAGAGGACUUGUUGGGGCAUAGGGUUGGGUUUUGGUUUCAGGGUGGUGGCCUUGGACCCUCAUUUCACAAAGCUUAACAUGGAUUCAAUCAUUAAUGCUUAUGAGCUUUCAGAGAGCAGGGCUAUAUUGCUCGAUUAUGAUGGAACUCUGGUUCCCCAAACUUCCCUCAACAAGGAACCUAGUCCACAGGUUUUGAGCAUCAUCAAUACCCUUUGCUCAGAUAGUAGAAACAUCGUUUUUCUUGUCAGUGGUCGAGACAAAGAUACCUUGGGAAAGUGGUUCUCCUCAUGUCCAAGAUUGGGGAUUGCAGCUGAACAUGGUUACUUCUUGAGGUGGUCUAGAGAAGAAGAGUGGCAAACAUGCACUCAGGCAUUGGACUUCGGAUGGAUGCAAAUGGCGAAGCCAGUGAUGAAUUUAUAUACAGAAGCAACUGAUGGAUCCUACAUUGAGGCCAAGGAAAGUGCCUUGGUGUGGCACCAUCAGGAUGCUGACCUAGGCUUUGGAUCCUCACAGGCAAAGGAGAUGCUUGAUCACCUGGAAAGUGUACUAGCAAAUGAACCAGUCUCUGUCAAGAGUGGCCAGUUCAUUGUUGAAGUCAAACCACAGGGAAUAAGCAAGGGAAUAGUUGCCGAGAGGAUACUUGCAUCAGUGAAGGAGAGAGGAAAGCAGGCUGAUUUCUUAUUGUGCAUCGGCGAUGAUAGGUCUGAUGAGGACAUGUUUGAAAAUAUUGCUGAUAUCAUUGGGAGGAAUUUGGUUGCUCCAAGAACAGCACUGUUUGCGUGCACUGUGGGACAAAAACCAAGCAAAGCCAAAUUCUACCUGGAUGAUACAUUCGAAGUGGUCACUAUGCUGAGCGCACUGGCAGAUGCCACAGGUCCUGAACUGGAGACUGAUUCGGCUGAUGAAUCUGUCGCAUAUAUCUCAUCACUUGAUAUUGGUGACGAACAAUCAGAAUCCAGUGAUAAACCAGUUGAAGGGUCUUAGCCAGUUUUCUCUUGCGUUUUCAGAACAUGAUGAUUGUUUCAAUAGUCAAUUCUAUUCUACACAAUUUUCUGAUGGGAACUCAACGACUAACAACUGGUUCUACGAAUGCUCCAGAGUGAAGCUUCUCAAUCUGCUGUGCUCCAAGUUCUCCAGUUGGGCAAGAUAGUACAGUCUGUUGCUCCAAGGCGUAGAUCCAUAUGUUCAUAGCUGACUUACUUGGCACGUUCUUUCACUUUCUCAUUCCUGGUUGAAUUAAAAUGAAAACCUCACAGAAGACAAAGGGAGCGCUGUUUGGCUCAUUGGCUGAAGUAAUCUGGGGGGAGGUAUAGGAGUGGCGUAUGUGAAAGGAGCCUGUGCGCAGGUUGUGAUAUGAUUCCUUAUUAACACGACGUUACAAAGUGGUGUCACUUCUUGAACUACCAGUAGUAACAAUCCCAAGAGUGAGGUUCGAAUUGAUUAAUUAAUUGCUUCAAAGCCGGAUCUCGGAUGGUUUUGCUCCAACGUUUUCCCCUCGUGCGGUUUUUUUUAAUAAAUUUUCUGGGUUUACGUUGAAAGAUGCCUUGGAAGAUAGCAUAUUUUUAGGCCUGUCUAUCAGUUCUGAUGACCACUGCCAAUCAGCGCUGGAUGCUUGGCGAUUGUGUACCUUAACACGCUAAGAGCAUCUCCAAUAAUAUUAAUCCAAAUAAGAGGGUAUUGGUGAUUUC